AUGGCGCCUCGAGAGGAUCUGAUUGCCUCAGCGGUAACUUUCUUACAGGAUCCCUCGGUAGCCUCGUCACCCAUCGAGAAGAGGGUUGCGUUUCUUCAAUCCAAAAACCUCACACAAGAAGAAGUCGAUCUGGCAUUAUCGCGAGUCGGCGAGGAUCCAGCAGCUGCAGCCGCGGCUGCGGGAACUGUAUCUGCGCCCCCACAGAACUCCUACCCUUCGCAACAGAUCGCGUAUCGGCAACCACUCCAGUCACCUCAAGGAUACGGCUACCCUGCCUACAAUCAAUGGCAACCGCCCCCAGAGCCGCCCAAGAGAGACUGGCGUGACUGGUUCAUUAUGGCCACUGUGAUGGGAGGUGUUGGCUAUGGUUUAUACUUUGUUGGCAAGCGCUAUAUUUCUCCAUUGAUCGCGCCUCCGACCCCACCCCAGCUCGAGAAAGACAAAGAGAGCAUCGACGAGCAAUUUUCACGUGCAUUUGAUUUGAUCGAGCAGCUCUCGACAGAUACUGCAGCCCUCAAAGCUGCUGAGGAUGCCCGCACUGAGCGCCUGGACUCUGCGCUGAAAGAUGUGGAGAACCUGGUUGCAGACUUGAAGAAUGCCUCGCGACGCAGAGAUGAUGACACCCGCAGGAUCAGUGAUGAAGUCAAGGCAUUGAAAGAUGCGAUUCCUAAGGCUCUUGAGGGAGCUCGUGAAGGCAACGAGAACCGCCUUAAGGAGCUCGGAUCAGAGCUGAAGAGCCUAAAAGUCUUACUUGGAAACCGCUUGGGUGGGAGCACUGCUGGUCCCACUGUUGGUCGUACCCUCAGUAGCUCUACUGUUCCAUCUGCCACCCCAUCUCAGGCGAGUGGCGAGACCUCUGGCUCUGCUCCGUCGGCCAGCAGUGGUCUGCAAGCUACAGUGACCCCGGCUGAACAAGAGCCACUGUCGGCGACGGUCGCUACGUCUUCCCCUGCGCCCGCUGCUGAAAGCCCUCUUGCCAAACUCGGUCGUUCUGCUUCAAUCCCUGCUUGGCAAAUGGCCGCUUCCAACCGGUCCAAGACUUCGUCGCAAUCGAACGCAUCCACGACAACUGACCAGCCCUCCAACGUUGAGCAGAACGCACCAUCCAGCUAG